UCCCUUCCGCAGGAAGCGGAAGACUGAUAGGGUGGGCGGCCCUUUGUCGAAGCUAGAGGACCGGCAGGCGGCAGCAGCAACUACGGCGGCGGCGGCAGAACCCAGCAGUGAUGUGGAGGUGGAGACCCACAGGAGCCCCGGACUUCACCUGAGCUACCUCAGCAGUCACCAAGGGUGGCAAGAAAAAGAAGAAAGCCCUGAGUUGGGGACCAGGAUGCCUGACCGGGACAACUAUGCCAACGGCACUGGGAACAGCGGUGGAGGCCCUGGAGGUGGUGGCAGUGAGGAGGCCAGUGGGACGGGGACAGGCAGUGGGGGGGCCACCUCAGAUGCCAUCUGUAGAGACUUCCUGAGGAAUGUGUGCAAGCGAGGCAAGCGUUGUCGAUACCGCCACCCAGACAUGAGCGAAGUAUCUAACUUGGGAGUGAGCAAAAAUGAAUUUAUCUUCUGCCAUGACUUCCAGAACAAGGAGUGUAGCCGCCCAAACUGCCGUUUCAUCCAUGGCUCAAAGGAGGAUGAGGAUGGCUAUAAGAAGACAGGAGAGCUUCCUCCGCGACUGAAGCAAAAAGUGGCAGCUGGGUUGGGUCUUUCACCCGCCGACCUACCCAAUGGCAAGGAAGAGGUCCCUAUUUGCCGUGACUUCCUCAAAGGUGACUGUCAGAGAGGAAGCAAGUGCAAGUUCCGUCACCUUCAACGAGAUUUUGAGUUUGAUGCUCGAGGUGGAGGAGGCACUGGAGGUGGGGGCUCAACAGGCUCCGUUCCCCCAGGACGACGCCAUGAUCUCUAUGAUAUCUAUGACCUUCCUGACAGGGGUUUUGAGGACCAUGAACCAGGCCCCAAGCGCCGGCGAGGUGGAUGCUGCCCUCCUGAUGGCCCCCAUUUUGAGUCCUAUGAAUAUAACUUGGCUCCGCCCCGAGGGGUAGAAUGCAGACUGCUAGAGGAGGAGAAUGCCAUGCUCAGGAAACGUGUGGAGGAGCUAAAGAAGCAGGUCAGCAACUUGCUGGCCACCAAUGAGGUACUUCUGGAACAAAAUGCCCAAUUCCGAAAUCAGGCCAAGGUCAUGACCCUGAGCUCCACUGCACCAGCAACUGAGCAAACUCUGGCCCCCACUGUGGGCACUGUCGCCACCUUUAACCAUGGCAUUGCCCAGACUCACACUACUCUCAGCAGCCAGGCCCUACAGCCUCGUCCUGUGUCCCAGCAAGAACUUGUGGCCCCUGCAGGUGCUCCAGCUGCUCCCCCAACUAAUGCUGCACCUCCUGCAGCUCCACCGCCCCCACCCCCACACUUGAACCCAGAGAUCACGCCACUGUCAGCUGCUCUGGCUCAAACAAUUGCCCAGGGGAUGGCACCUCCACCUGUCUCCAUGGCCCCUGUAGCUGUGUCUGUGGCUCCCGUAGCUCCUGUGGCUGUGUCGAUGGCGCAGCCCUUGGCAGGAAUCACAAUGAGCCACACUACCACUCCCAUGGUGACUUACCCCAUUGCUUCCCAGAGCAUGCGCAUCACAGCCAUGCCACACUGAAGGGGCUAAUGGAUGAUCCCCUGGUAUGGCCUCUCCUGGCUGGGAACAAAGCGCCCUCCCCACUUGCCUAGCCCUCCCAGACUCUGUCCAAAGGGCCCCCUCAGGAACGAGGACAAGAGACUAUAAGGAACGUACUUCCUAGGAGCUUUUCCUGAGGCAAGUUGGGUUGGUGUGUUCUCUUAUCUCCCCUUUAAGAGGGUCUUGUCCUUCCUUCAGGCCUCGCUCAGUGGAGCCUUACACAGGAGAUCAGACUGAAGCCAGCAGACAGAAAGGACUAAGGGGCUGUGUUCUCUAAUAGGAAGAUGGGGCCAUCCCUGAUCUUGUCUUCACUUGUGAGCAACACAGGUUCCAGCACUGCACUGGUUUGGGAAGAAAAAGAUACCCCACCAGAGGGAGAGCCAGGAAAGACUGGGAAGUGGAUGGUCAGGAGAGAAGGCCUUAUGCGAGUUUUCAGAUGAUUUGGGGCCCAGCUGGAUUGGAUAAAACAGGAAUUGCUCCUGGGCCCCUGGGAAGGCCAGGACCAUAGUACUCCAACCCAAAGACCAGGGGAGCAUUCACUUACCUAGCUUGGCCUGGAAAUCUGUAGGGCAGGGCCCACUACUUUCCAAAGAAAUAAAAGAUUAUUUUUUACAAA